AUGGGGAUUAUAAUUUACUCCUCGUUCAAUAAAAGGAAGUCACAACGAGACUAUUGGUCAACUGAUCCUUAUCUAUCAUCUCAAAUUGUUUCGUCAGCAAUGUCACGUGAUAAGUUUGAAAGUAUAAAGUCGAAAGUUAAGUACUCGAAAUUAAAAGACAAUCAUCCUAAUGAUAGAGGAUGGAGAGUUCGUGCUGUAAUGAAAUUGUUUCAAAAGAAUAUACUUUUAUUCGGAUAUUUUCGAACUGCUUUAUCCAUCGACGAAAUGAUGGUCAAGUCGUAUGCUAGGACAGUGUUAAAACAAUUCAUCAAAGGUAAGCCAAUUAGAUUUGGACUAAAAAUAUUUUCGUUGUGUACUUCCGAUGGAUUUGUUUUAUAUUUUGAUCUUUACUGCGGAAAAAACAGUGCAAUUGGCGAUAGGGUUUUAAAUAAAUGCGCAAUGGGUUCUCAAGUGGUAAUGUAUUUAUUGAAGGAUUUCCUGCAUAAAACAACUCUCAGAAAUAUAAGUUUAUACCACUUGUAUUUUGACAAUUUUUUCACUAGCUUUGAUCUGGUUUUGCAUCUAAAAAAGAGAGGGUUACAGUCAACUGGUACAAUUAGAGAGAAUCGAAUCAAAAAAGAUGAUAAGAUAGUAUUUGAUAAGAAAGCUACUAGAGGAACAUAUGCUGUGAAAAAUGACAAGAAGAGUGGUAUAAAUUAUAUUUCAAUCAUCGAUUCAAAGCAGGUAUCAGUAGCAUCAAGUACUGCUGGCGUAACUUCAUUGCUACCUUGUAGACGAUAUAGUUCUGAAGAACAUUCCAAGGUUGAGAUUCCUUUUCCAAGGGCAAUUCACUUGUAUAAUAAAUACAUGGGAGGUGUCGAUAUUCACGACAUGCAUUGCAACAAUUUACUCCCAUGUAUUAGAGCUAAAAAGUGGACAUGGGUUAUUUUUGUGCUAUUGAUACAAGCAGCUAUCACAAAUUCGGUGGUUUUGUUUAAUGCAGCCAAUAAUGAAAAUAAAAAGGAAGGUACGAAAGCAUUUGCGCUAAGCAUCAGCAAGUACUACUUAGAUGCAGCAAUCAAAAAUCGAAAAAAACCUCAUGAAUCUAAAAGAAUAGAUAAACAAGCUAAAUGCUCAUCUUGCAGUAUAAAAACUUACAAAUUUUGCUCCGAUUGCAAUUUGUACUUUUGUAAAGUUUGUUUCCCUCAAAGCCAUUAA